AAAGAAGGCAUGACGAUGGAAUCGGCUACACCACUGAAGCCGGCAGCACAACGGAUAACAAAAAGGGAACGCAUCACCGUAGUAUGGGAAGACAUCAAAGUACGAAGUACAAGCGGACGCCAGAUUUUAAAAGGCAUAAGUGGAGUUGCACUACCCGGUGAAGUAGUAGCCGUUAUGGGGGCCAGCGCUUCUGGUAAAACAGUCUUUUUGAACGCAUUACUUCAUCGCAAUCUUCAUGGACUUAUCGUUGAAGGCGAUGUCUUGGUAAAUGGACAAAGAAUCGGAAGCACUAUUACUAGCGUAUCGGCAUACGUUGAGCAGGAAGACAUAUUUGUAGGAACGCUGACGGUACGUGAACAUUUGAUGGUUAUGGCUAGAUUAAAGUUACCAUCUACAUUUCGAGAGUCUACAAGAGCCGCAAGAGUAGAUCAGGUCAUAAGGGAUAUGUUGCUUGAAAACUCACAGUCGUCGCGUAUAGGCGUACCCGGCAUCACAAAAGGAAUAUCAGGAGGCGAGAUGAAAAGGCUGGCAUUUGCAUCCAAAAUGCUCAGUAACCCUCCUUUGUUACUUUGCGAUGAACCAACAACAGGGUUAGACUCGCAUAUGGCUGAAUCUGUGGUUAAAAGGUUAGAGUCACUAUCCAUUGAGAAGGAAAAAACAGUGAUUUGCACCAUAAAUCAGCCUUCUUCUGAAGUGUUCGAAUUAUUUCAUAAAGUGGUUUUCAUAUCGCAAGGACGAGUAGCCUUUCAUGGUACACCUGACGAAGCAAUAACUUUCUUUGCUAAGUGUGGUUAUGUGAUGCCUGAUCAUACCAAUCCUGCAGAUCAUUUCAUUGAUAUUCUUGCCAUAUGGCCGGAUAAAGAAGAAAAAUGCAAGGAGAAAGUAAACGAAAUUUGCGAACAAUUUAUCCUUUCGAAAUAUGCAGACAGAAUGCUUAUUCAAAUAGACGCUGGAAAACAGAAGCGCACACUACGACCAUAUCAAAGGCCAAACUUUUGGAAACUUCUUUCUGGACUUUUUAUUAGGCACGUCAAAGACAACAUUCGAAAUAAAUCGGUGAUGCGAGCGAAGUUUGUACAGAAAGCGUUUAUGGCAUUAUUCUUAGGAUCACUGUACUUUCAAACAAAGCCAAACCAGGAUGGUGUCUCCAACUUGAAAGGCAUACUGUUCUUUUUUUGCUCAGAACUCUCUUAUCCAACUAUCUACGGUAUCCAGACAUACAUGCCGAGUGAAUUUCCUCUGGUCGUGAGAGAAUAUCAUGAUGGAAGUUACCCAGUGCUAGCGUAUUAUGUGGCUAAGGUGUUUUCCUACAUACCCAUAUUUUCACUCGAUGGAACGCUAAUGUUAACAGUUGCUUACUGGAUGAUUGGACUAGCACCCACGUUUGGUCGUUUCCUACGCAACCUCAUAACUGGAGCUCUAGUUGAAACAAUGGCUGCUAGCUUAGGAGUUGCCGUUUGUUCGAUAUCGCCGUCCUACGCAGUAGCAGUAACCAUCACUGGUCCACUUUUAACGAUUUAUUCAAUGACUGGUGGACUUUUUACCAAUACCGCCAUGAUAGAUGGAUGGAUAAGAUGGGUGCAGUACUUGUCAUGGUUUCGAUAUGGAUACGAAGCUUUUAUAAUAAACGAGUGGACAUAUGAGAAGUAUGAAAAUGUAAGUUGUACAUUGACCAAUGGAAAACCAGCGGAGUCAUGUGAGCGUACUGGUUUGGAAGUCAUUCAUAAUCUCAACUUUAAUCCAUCAAAUAUUUACUUUAAUUGGCUGUGCAUGUUGGCAUUCAUAUUGGCACAUUAUUGCAUUGGAUACAUUGCUUUGCUGACUCGCGUUCAGAAACAUCGAUGA